GGCUAUCUUCUCCCUUCGCCAAAAUACUCCACAAUAAUGUCAUGUUCGGACAGUCCGGCAGGAAAUGCCUUCCUGGUGGAUUCUCUGAUCAGCGGGCGGCCCGACGCAUGCGGCGGCGGUCAUUACGCGGGCAGCGCCGCCGCCGCCGCCGACCUGCCUUACGGACUACACAACUAUGGAUACUUCCCGGGCAUGAUGGCCAAGCGGGCUGACCUGGGCCCGCAGAACGCGUACCUGUCCAGCAUGGAGAUGUGGAUGGACGCGCAGAGGACGUGUCGAGGGGAGCAGGAGCGGCCGGCGGCUCCCCAGGUCACGCCCUGCUCCUUCCCGCAGAACAUUAAGGAGGAGAGCGCCUACUGCCUGUACGAGCAGCCCAAGUGCCCCAAAACGUCCGACGCCGAAGACCUCACCUUCUCCAGGCUCAGCUCGGCGAGCGAUGGCGGCGGCGGAGGUGGAGGAGGAGGCGGAGGGGGAGGAGGAGGCUCCAUGUCUAUGCCGGGCUAUUUCCGCCCGUCCCAGACCCACGCGCAGCCUCAUAAACUUUACAACGCCGACGGCCCACUGCCGAACCCUUCCUACUCUCAUUUGGGCCAUGCGCACUGCAGCGCCCCUGCAGCCCGCUUCCACUCGCCUGCAGCGCCCACUCCCACGCACGAAGCGCCGAGCGCGGAGGCGAGGAGAGACCCCUGCGCCGGGGACGAGCCGGUGUCUCACGCCGCAGACCGGCGGCCUCAAGGCGCUGCGCCCGCCGGCGAGGACCCACGCGAGUCCACGGACGCGGAAGUGUCCUCAGCGGAGGAAACCGACGAGCAGGACAAGGAGAGGCCGGAGAAGGACGCCAAAGGGGACAAGAAAAGCGACGCGGCCGCCAAUUGGCUGACGGCGAAGAGCGGGCGGAAGAAGCGCUGCCCGUACACCAAGCACCAGACUCUGGAGCUGGAGAAGGAGUUCCUCUUCAACAUGUACCUGACUCGAGAGCGCCGCCUGGAGAUCAGCAGGAGCGUGCACCUGACCGACCGGCAGGUGAAGAUCUGGUUCCAGAACCGCCGGAUGAAACUCAAGAAGAUGACGCGGGAAAACCGCAUCCGGGAGCUCACCUCCAGCUACGGAUUCUCGUGAUGAACGAGGUGACGUCACCGACAUAAUGGAAACGGAAAGAAUGUAAUAAAUGACCCUUACCCCCCCCCCCCCCCCCCCACACACACACACACACACGUGUCGUAGUAUCACACACACCUCAUUUUAUUUUGAGUUUGCAUGGACUCGUAUAAACAACAACAAUAUGACGUAAUACUAUUGAGUGAGUGUCUGACAUGCGCAGUAGGCAGUUGUAUAUAUAUUGUUGUGUACAUACCGACCUUGUGUUUGUGUCAUGAUGAAUAAAU